AUGGCUUAUCCCAAUACCAAUAUUUUCGAGAACAAGAUUUUCAACUACAGCGAAAGUUCAUGGAGCAUCACUGAAACGGCAUUCAAUCCUGGUAUAUUCUAUUCGAGACUUCCGCAAGCAAACGGAUAUAUUGGCACAACGGUCUCGGCAGCAGGGCCGUUCUUUGAACGAGAUGUCAAUCAGACGAAUAUAAAUGGCAACACACCAAUCGAGGGAUGGCCAGUGGAUAACGUCAGGCAAACAUUCUCGACCGUCUCAGGCUUCUACGAUUGUCAACCAAACACAACCAGAACGAACUUUGCUGAUUUGGUCGAUCGUGGCUGUGAGAGUGUGAUAUCUGGGAUCCCGCAUCCAAUGGCAAUACUCUUGACUAUUGGCAACCAAACACUUGACUCGACUGUAGAUCCUAGGACAAUCAGCAAUUUCUCAGAGACACAAAGCUUCCGAAACGGCACCGUCACUUGGCAAUAUACUUGGUCUCCGAAUAAUACUGAUAUCAAGUUCGAUAUAGAAAUCGCGAGUAUUGUGAGCAGGGAUAAGCGAAAUGUAGCAGCCACUCAACUCUUUGUUACUCCUCGAGGUGGAAACGCCACUCUCAAUAUUGCCGAUUUUAUCGAUGGCCGUGGAGGAGUCAGAUCCUCCCUCGGAUCCAGGGGUAUAGACUCUGACAACGGGUCUGUAUAUGUCUCAGUCCAUCCAGAUGGGCUGCUCAACGUCACAGCAUGGAUUGUAUCUACAAUGGAUCUUUCCAUGGGCUACACGGAUGAGAACUCAGGAAGGAUGAUCUUUGGAUCUGAUACCAACGAUACCAUGUCCAUUGGUCAGGAGUGGGAUGCUCAUCUCAUCGAUGGCGAGACAGCUGUGUUUGAGAAGUUUAUCGGUAUAUCUUCUACUGAUGGCUCCCCGACAAACGCAGAGGAAGUUGCUCGAAACGCAUCUUCAACCGCGUUUGAGACCGGAUGGGACAACUUAAAUACCGCACACGUGAAAGCGUGGAAUUUCAUCAUGGAUGAAAGCACUAUCACAACGUUCCACGACCCCACUACUGGCCGUCUGCCAGUCAAUGAUGCUGUGAUGGAGAUGUAUCAAAUCCAAGAGAUUGCUAGCCGAUACUAUCUGAUGUCGAAUCUCCAACCAGAAGAUGGAAGUGGUUUGAAUGACAACGGCGUGCCAGUUGGAGGUCUAACCUCUGAUACAUAUGCAGGCAAUAUUUUCUGGGAUCAAGACUUCUGGAUGUAUCCUGGUAUUGCAUUGACGCACCCUGACUACGCUGCUCAGAUAAUCAAUUCACGCGACAAGCUCUUCCCAGCAGCCAAGGCUAAUGCUCAAGAACCUUAUGUUCAGGCGAAGUACAAUUUUGACAACGAGUCUUCUUUGUACCCCUGGAUGACCGGAAGGUUUGGCAAUGCUACCGCCAAUGGACCAGCUCUUGACUAUGAGUAUCACUUGAACGCUGACGUUUCUUUGGCUGCUAUACACGAGUUUCGGAUCACAGGAAAUGAGAAAACAUUCAAGGAGAAGCAUUGGGAAAGGGUCAAAUCGUGCGUUCAUACUUUCAUGGGUCUUGUAGUUCCAGAUGGAGAUGGAUACUCUAUCAGAAACGUCACAGAACCUGAUGAGUACGCUACUUGGAAGACCAAUGGCGCCUUCACAAAUGCAGCGUUUUCCGAAGUCACCAACAUCACCAUUGCGCUACAGAGAAAGUUCGGAGAACCUGUCAAUGAGACUUGGGCAGAAGUUGCUGCUAAGAUCAUCAUUGCUAGAGCUUCAUCUGGCAUCACUCUCGAAUAUGAAGGGAUGAACAACACUGUGCACAUCAAGCAAGCCGAUGUCACAUUGCUGAUCUACCCUCUGUCGCCAACCAGCAUCUCGUUGGAACAGAAGAAUAAGGAUCUUGCUUACUAUAAUCAACGCUCAGAACCAGAUGGACCUGGAAUGACAGCAGCGAUUGCAGCCGCGGCUGAAAACCGCAUAGCAACGUCCGGCUGUGCAGCUUCUAUCUACUACUCUCAGGCAACGGCUCCUUUUCUUCGGGCUCCAUGGUUUCAGAUGUCUGAGCAGGCCAAUGAUGAUAUGAACGGAAAUGGAGGCAUUGCACCUGGCUUUCCGUUCUUGACGGCACACGGUGGAGCACUACAGAUUCCUCAUUUUGGGUUUCUUGGUGUGAGUCUGAACAACGAAACACUUCACAUACGUCCUAGUCUCCCAAUGCCAUUCACAAACCUGCAGUUGGCAGACUUUUACUUUGGAGGAAACCGUUUGAGAGCCACCAUGAAUGGCACCCACACGAAUCUCACUCGUCUCGAAAACACUCGUGUCGAGGGUCUCGUCGAUGUUUAUUCAGGCCAACCAAUGCCUAUUGCACUCGAAAGCCGUAAUGAGGAUCCAGAUGGCCUUGAUACCAAGCUGUACACGUUGGGCAUGAACGAGACUAUAACGAUCGACAAUGAUAUGUACUGGAAAACCCUUACCACGCCAGGAAAUAUCCUCCAAUGUCAGCCAACCAUCACCAAAGCAAGUAAUAUCCUCGGACAAUACGGAGGAGCCAUCAACGACGGCGAUACCGGCACACAUUUCCAGCCUGGUCAUCGAAAUCGGAUUGCGCUCAUCGUUGAUACAUCAAAGAGCACUUACAGGAGACUCGACGGCUUUAGGAUCGAUUGGGGAAGUCGCCCGGCAAGGAACAUCACGGUGACGUUGAUUAAUUCCACUGAAGCGGCUACAAUACAGAACAACUCUUUUCCUGUGGAAGUGUACCCCAACAAGAUAUACGGAGAAAGCGAGUCUCUAAGCGAAGUCGUUCCGUAUCAAGGGAACGUCACAGAAUAUCUUUUCCCAGAAGACCGAGAGAUAUGGUCUGGGAACUACAGCAUUCUCGAAUUCGAAGGCUGCAGAGAUUGUGGGUGGGUCGGCUCUACUUUGAAUCCUGAUGGAACCUUGACACCAAUUGAGGAUACGAUGGGUGCCACGGUUGCAGAGUUCGAGGUUAUUGCUACGGAAAAAUACGAUAUUCAGGGAGACAUGAUGAAGGGUCUUGAAGAUCAGAGUGCAGAAUCCAGACAGGGUUCAGGUGAUGUGGAUAGAGUGAGUCAAGGAGGGGCGAAGCGAGGACAGAGUGAGGGCAUAGUGUGA